UGUCUUCAUUCGAGAAACCCCUCUUUCCUAGCCGGUAGCUUACUUAGCAAGGCUCGAUUGAGGUAUUACGAAGUUGGAUUCAGGGAUUCGUUUGGGUAGAAGCGGCUGUCACAGUGAGCGGGCAGGGGCGAAUAUCUCACGAAAGAAAUUAGUCGUGAUAACUUCCAAGAUUUGGUACCGCAGUCUAAACACUGAGUAAAUACGAGCAGAUAUCUCGCGAAAGGAAAAGAUGGCCUAUUUGUCACCCAUUGUCCUUCUUACUGUCGCUUUAACCAUUGUGUACUUCGUCCAAACUGCUAGCGCUGCGGUUCAGUACUGUUCUUCAUCUGAGGCUCAACAGGAUGCGCAGAUAGCAAUGAAAAAAUGCAACAGCCAGAUCAAAUUCUGUUUCCUUCGCUACCAAGAUCGUAAUCCACAACUUCUGUAUUGUAAAGGAAUGUUGAAAUUGCUGAAGUGUGCAUUCUCCGAGAACAAAAAAUUCAACGAGAAGUACACCGACUGUCGUAGUGAAGUGUUGGAUGAGUGGAUGUUUGUUGUUCUUCAGUACGUGUGUAUUGGCAAACAUCUGGGCAUAUGUAACGACUAUACUGAUAAACAAAUGGCUAAGAUGGAGAACAUGACAGAUCGUUACGAAAGCAAAGCACGGUACCAAGGUAGAGGCGUAUGCGGGAUGGAAGUGUCUGAAAGUGGCAGUGCAACAGAAUGCGCUAAAAGAAUUCAUCGCCAAUGUCUCCGGAACUUAGUUGAAGACACAGAAGAAGAGGAUCGAGCACUAGACGAAAAGGCUUGUGCAGAUGAGGCGGAGAACCUUUGUGACGGUGUCAAUAACUUCCUGAGCUGCUAUUCAAAGCUGGUGCGGCACCCACCAAAAAUUUGUGCUCACCCGGUUCCGGAAAUCACCAGAAAAUUCAAUGAUCUCAUCCAAACUUUCAGUCACGAUCUGAUGUCAAAAUACACAGAAAAUAACGCGAUGGCGAAAGACAUGUGCUGUGUCCACGAAGAACUGUUGGAUGAAAACCCCAUGGAAAAUCCCUGUGGCGUCCGAAACGAUGAUGACUCUGAUUGAAGCGGGAGGUGUAGGUGGAGUUGGCGACACAGAAAAUCAGUUCGAACUCCUGCUAACCCUUUGCCAUCAAGAGCUGAUCCGUAAUCCUUCCUUUUUUUCUUCCAUGUGUAUUUCUUUGCAAAUUUAAAAUCCUUUCACAUGUUUACUUAAAAGUGUAUGAAUGUUGUAGGAAUAAAUUUCAUUU